AUGGCAUAUGCUCCGGCUCUUUUACGGACGAACACGGCCCCCGUAUUCCCAGCCGACAACAAGUACGGUCCUCUCUCUAUGAGUAGCCUUCGCACAAGCCAGUUGUCCGGUUCGACAGCCCUUAACUCGUCGAAUUCCUCGCUUACAUCCAUGUCGAAUUCUACUCCGGGGAGCAAUGGCAAUGUUGUGCCUACUACAAACAUUAUCAACCAGAAAGCGGAUGCUUCCCGCUCACUAUACCAGAUCUGUAUCACAUUGAGACAGCGACUAGCACGAGUCCCUAAUUUCGAGACUCACCUCGAAUCUCUCUCUGCACCCGGCGAUGAGGAUGGCCCGGUCGAGUCACUAUGGAACCUGUUGCGGACAGGUCUGCCACUGCUCACCGUAUACAAUUGCCUGCAACCCGAGGUCCCCUUAGAAAUCGACCCAUCUGUCAGCGAGAAUAAACGAUCUAAGUUAGCUAUCUUCAAGUUUGUUGAGGUAUGCAUGAAACGACUCGAGAUCCCACCCUCUCAGUCUUUCGUCAUCAGUGAUCUUAUGGGUAACGAUACUACUGGCUUUGUUAAGGUUAUCCAAGUCGUGAAUCGCGUCUUAGACCUCGCCGAGCAACGUGGGUUUCUCCUACAGCCAUAUCCGGAAGAUAUCAACCCUGUCAUUCCCGGAUCUCGGAUGACGUAUCGCGAUCACAUUAUCCAAGAACUAGUUGACACAGAGCGGAAAUAUGUGCAAGAUCUUGAGAACUUACACGAUUUGAAGAGAACGUUAGAGCAGAAGGGUGUGAUUCCUGGUGACAUCAUCCAUCAAAUAUUCCUGAACAUAAACUCCAUCCUGGAUUUUCAGAGACGAUUCCUGAUUCGCGUCGAAACUACCAAUUCAAUGCCGCAAGAAUCGCAACGAUGGGGCGCGCCAUUUCUCACAUACGAGGACGCCUUCGAUAUCUACCAGCCGUUCAUUGCAAAUCAACGUAAAGCCGGCCAGAUCGCCAACCAGGUCUUUGACAAAAUUCAACUAGCCGAACAUCCUGUUUCGUUCGAUUUCAACACAUUGGAUAGUUUCCUGCUGAAACCGAUGCAGCGAUUGGUGAAAUAUCCUUUAUUAUUGAAGUCCUUGCUGAAAAAGUGCGAAGACGACACCAUUAAGGCGGAUUUAACCGGCGGUAUCGACGCGGCAGAACGAGUCCUCACAAAGGCGAAUCAGGCAGUUGAUCGCGACCUCUUAGACGAAGCUUUGGAGGACUUGAUACGUAGGGUCGAUGACUGGAAGAAUCAUAGAGUGGAAUCUUUUGGAAGACUGCUAUUGCACGGUGUAUACACAGUUGUCACUGGCCGUAGCGAUCAGGAGAAGGACGUAAGUUUCGUCAAGGUCAAAUCUGCUACCAAGGAGUAUGCUGAUACCGUUCAGUACGAGAUUUAUUUAUUCGAAUGUAUUCUCCUCUGCUGCAAGGAGCUGCAGCCGAACAAAAACAAGGAAAAGAAAGACAAGAACAAGACCGCUCCAAAGAUUCCUAACAAAAACAACAAAUUGCAGCUAAAGGGUCGGAUAUUUAUGACGAACGUGACCGAGGUCUUGUCAUUCGCAAAACCAGGCUCCUACACUGUGCAGAUAUGGUGGAAAGGGGACCCCGGCGUGGAGAACUUUAUCAUCAAGUUCUCUAACGAAGAGACGAUGAAAAAGUGGGAGACAGGCUUAGUCGCGCAGAGAAAGGAAAAUGCACCUGCUUCAGCCACGAGCCCUGACCAGACGACGCCAGCCUUUACCUGGAUGCAAGGCCAGAACAACCUCGAGAAUCCCUACGCACAACAAGAAGAAGAGGAGGAAGAGGAAGAGGAAGCGCCUAUAUCACAGGUAUCGCCGCCCGGUAUGGGCUUUGUAUCAACUGGCGGAGUCAUGCCCAAUCGCAAUGCAUCGAGUACAAGUCUAAGGGCACGCUCUGCAACUGCUGAGAGUGCCCAGUCGUUGGCAAGCAUCGCCAGGGCGCCGCCACCACGUUUCCCUCUCCCAGCGCCUCCAGGACCGCUAAGUCUUCAGACACAAGGUGGCGCGCCGUCCCCCAGCACUCGUCUUGGUGAGUCGUAUUUCUCACCCACGGCGGAAUCGCCUGCAUCAUCGCGGACGAGUACGCAGAGUACCAUGUUUGCGCCUAAUGGACAAUUCCCAUUUCCAAGAACUGGAACUCCCCAGGCUGGUUGGGAAGAUAAUAACCGGUACACUGCACCCGCUAUGCCACGAGCUCCUUCGAGGGACGGCCCGUCUCCGAUGAGCGGGAGAAACCCUAGAGGACCUUCGUUACCUGUAAUGGCCUCGGGUUCUCAGACACUAACCCAGCAGCAACGUAGUCGGUCGUAUAGCACACCUGACAUCAACGGGCAGCCAAAUGGCCGUAGAACUAACAAUAGUACCCCUGUCCCUGCUGUACCUGGAAUCCCACCUCAUCUUCAUCCGGCACAUGAUGCAAAUAUCCCGCGAUCCCAAACCGGCUCCCCCAGGCAGGAAGUGCCAGUACGUACUAGCACCCAAAGUCCAGGUGUCCAACGCGACGUAAGGUUGACUCAGCAAUCUGGUCAGUUCGGAGGGACCAUGUCGCAGUUUCCUACUCAACCUGUCUACCCCCGACAGACUACUCCUGCGCCGGCAACAACUGCACCUCAGCCACUGAAUCUCAACAACCAACAACCUGUAUCGCCAGCUCUCGGCACAGCUACACAGGGCAACCCGCUUUCGAGUCCGGAUUUGCCGAUUCCUGCACAACUGAAGGUCAAGGUCAACUGCGACGAUGGAACAUAUUUCACCCUUGUCGCUGCGUUUAAUACCUCGUAUCAAUCACUCAGGGACCGCAUUGAUUCCAAGCUCGGACGAUUCACUAAUAGUUCAAUUGCUAAGGGCAAUCUGAAAUUGCGGUAUCGUGACGAGGAUGGUGAUUCCGUAACAAUCGAGAGCGAUGACGAUAUCCAAAUUGCAUUCUCGGAGUGGCGCGAGGGCGUGCAGGAUAUAUACUCUGGCGGCGUUGGAGAAAUAGAACUUUUCUGCGUCGGAGAUACCAGUUGA